AUGUCCAGUACACAUCGCAGAGGCCCAUGGUCACAGCAGGAAGACGCGUACCUGUGCCAGCUGGUCCAAACGCAAGGCGCCUUGAACUGGGUGCGGAUUGCCCAGCUCAUCGGCACCCGCUCGCCCAAGCAGUGCCGGGAACGCUACCACCAGAACCUGAAGCCGUCGCUGAAUCAUGCUCCCAUCAGUCCAGAGGAAGGAGUGCAGAUUGAGCAGAUGGUGGAGGGCAUGGGCAAGCGCUGGGCCGAGAUUGCGCGCCGACUGCAAGGGCGCAGCGACAAUGCCGUGAAGAACUGGUGGAACGGGAGUAUGAAUCGUCGCAAGCGUCUGGAUCUGAGAAGACAGGCCUUCAUGCGGCAGCCCCCGUCGGCGGCCUACGACGAGACGUCGCAGCCCCUCUCAUACACCGGGCCACCGCCGCCGCCGCCGCCGCCGCCUGCGCAUCAUUACCAUCACCAUCAUCAUCCCCUCUCCAUCGCGCCGACCACCACCUGGUCGGCGCAGCGAGGCCUCGAUGGCCCCCUGCCGUCUCCCGCCGUCUCCGACUCCGAGGCGUCGCGGGCCGCCGAGUCGCUCGAAGGCGCCCCGUCCCUCGUUUCCGAUGCCGGCUCGGCCUUUUCCGGAAUUUCCGACGCCAGUCCGACCUUUUCCGUCUCGCCCCGCUUAGCCCCGUCACCCAGUGUCGAGCUGCCGCCCCUGCCUCCGGUCUGGGGCGAUGACCGGAGACCGAGUCUGCCCCAGACCCCGUUCGGGCCCCCUCCGGCAUACCGGGGACACAUGGCCUAUCCGUCCAUACCGUUGCCGCCGCGCUUCCCCGGCGAGGCGCAACCCACCCCAUCCCACCCGGGCCCCCCGCCGCCCCCUCCCGACGUGGUUCCCCCCCGAUGGCAGCAGCACCCGCAUCAGAUGCCACCCCGCUCCCCCCCCACAUAUUGCCUCCGGUCGCCCCCACCCCUCUUCCUCACCGCACCGCCCACCCCGGUGCAGCUGCCUCCGCUGCAGUUGCCGCGAAGGACCAGCGACUUGGAGCCACAUCCAUUCCAACCUCCACAUGAGACAUACCUCCAUCGGGAGCCAACAGUGACCUCGAGUGGGCCCGGAUCCGCCGCCGAGCCACGACGAUCGAUGGAGGAUCCAUCGACCCGAGCCCCCCAGGGGACAUCAGGUUCCUCGUCCAUGUCCCAUACUCGCGGCGAGAGAGCACCGCCCUCGGCCGAGAAGGAUCAGCGGAUGAGUCUCUCGUCUCUGUUAGAAUAG